AUGUCUAGACUCUUCAGUCUCCGGAAAGCAUGGAAACGGGAUGAUAUCGAGCAGGCAUACGAGCAAGUCGGUCGUGAGAAUGACACCCGCCACGUUUCAGCUACGUCCGGCUUGCCUCUCCUUCCGAGGCCGCUUGCCUCUAUGGUAUCAUUCAUGACUCAGUCGACUUCAUUAUCUCUUCGAAUUGGGUCAUUUGUCGGAGGCGCUGCGAUAGAUGGUGCGAGGACUACGACAUUGACCGGGCUGGAGCUCAGCAGAGCAAUACUAGAGGGGAUUUUGACAAGGGCUGGGCGCGAUGUUGUCAUUAGGAGCAGCGGAGAGUAUGGCAAGGCAGAAGCAGAGUCAUUACUCGAACGGAGCCUGGCUACUUUGCAUUCCACAAUAACCUCGGCAUCUUUUUUCGCCGCUGCCUCGUUUCAUUUCUCCUCAGCUACACUCUCAUCAGCAGCCAACAUGUCUCAGUCACUACUCUCCACAUUAGAUGCAACCCUUGGCUCUACUGAAUCGUCUAGAGCCAUUGCUGCAAUUAUAACCCUCUUCCGGAGCGAGCUCCGAGACCUCAACGAUUCUGAAUUCGGGACCGAACUUCGAGCCGGAAGAAUUGGUGUCGCAGAUCUAUUGGUUGGCUGUGUUGGAUUUGCACUGCUCCAGCGCUGGGGCCGAAAGAACACAGAACGGCAUGCACGCGGAAUCGGGGGUGUGGAAUCCGUAUGGGACGUGGUUAUCCUGGACAACGGCGUGAGAGCAGAUGUUGUUGGUACACAUCAAAUGGAACAGCCGAGGGCUGCUAUUGAUGAACUGCGUGACGAGACAAAUCGCUCAUCAUUCAUGAGCACUGGGAACGAUGAAGAAGUCUUCGAUGCUGUACAGCGACCAGCAAGCAUCAUUGAUUCCGCAGAAAGGUCCCACUUCUCUCUUCCCACGGAGAACUCACAUCAAAUCUCCGAUGAUGAUAUCCGCUUGUACAUCAUGAGACAAUUGCCUCAAGGUUGCCGUGCUUCUAUACAAACCGACCUGGUGCAUGCCAGGACUAUCACGGUUGAAGUAUUUGAUGAUGACGUUGGAGAAAUAGCUGCUCCACCAGGUACAAUGAUGAUCGAGGAGAGACACCAUGAUGGUAAUCUCUGCAGGUCUUCCAGCCAGGGUCAGCUUCCCAAACAUACGAUGGUUUUCAGGACCGCCUUCACCAGGUCUAACAAUGCCGAUGUGAUUGACGAAUGGGAACUUUCCCGGUCGCAUCGAAACCUCGGGGAUCCGUCGCUGAUAACCACAGACCAGCUUUCACCCGAGGAUCACUCAGAGGAUCCCACUACCAGCAAAGCUCGAAGUGUCAACCCGAACCCUGUCAAGCUUGAUCGCGGGAAUCCAGACCCUUCGUCUCUCAAUAAGCGAGCAGCCACAUUUAAAGAUAGUCCUGUGAAGUCUUCUCCCGCGAAAGGAGCGCAAAGGGUCAAGUCUAGCAAUAUUGGUAAAAAGGAUAUUGGCAAGCGCCCAUCCACGAAACUCCCUUCAGAGAAAGUAAAACCCCCACCAUCGUCCGAAAACGCGAUUCCACAAGGGAGACCUCUAAAGGGAGCAGCGAACGCGCGAAAGACAUCAGCACAACAGAGUACUACCAAAUCCGACCGCAGCGGGGCUCACGAAGCAGCAGCGACAUCCCCAAAACGCGGACCAUCAUCACCUGUAGCGAACAGAGGUUUGCCCAGAACCCCGUUGCAAGAGCAUCGUGUGAAACCCGCGGCUUUUCCAAAGACGGGCCGUCCUGAUGCCCGCGAGGGUAGUCACACAGGCAAUUCAAGAACGGAGUAUUACGCCAUGCGCGAAAAGUCAGAGGAAUCUCUUCUUAACCAGACGAAGGUGUAUGCUCAAGAACCACCAAACACACGACCCGGGUCCCCUGUCACGAGAAGAACCCAUGUGCGUAGUAGCAGUUCUCUGUCACUGACCAGGUCAGAAAGUGAUGUGACCAUCUACAUUAAUAAGGAUGGCCGUCCCAGCUCCUCUAUGUUGCACCUUCACCCUCGAGCAUCGUCCCCGAGCAUAUAUUCUCUUGCCACAGCGGGGUCUGAAACAUCACUUCUACUCGCCCAUCGUCCUCGGAAAAGUGCUUAUGAUGAUAUAGAAGCACUUCAAAGUUUGAACCGGGAUGGUACCGUGCCCGGCAUUUUCCCUGCAAAGCACUUUGUGCAGAACAUCAGACGUUUUUGCAGAUUCUCCUCGGCUUCAUAUGGAUCGCAUGCCUUGAAAGUCAUGGGUGUUCCACGCCUGACUAGUGCUCUACCCACCGAAGAGGUAUCUAGCCCGGAACAUAGUGAUUUCUCUGAUCACACAGGCUUGCCGGCUUCCACGAUCCUCUUGUCCUCCUUCGUUGACUCUGCGGGUGGAACUAACGCCGCAGGGGAAACGGAAAGCGGUAUUCCUUUAGUACACUACCUUUUCCUUGAUCAUGAAUCGAAAGCAGUUGUUCUGACUCUGCGAGGGACAUGGGGUUUCGAAGAUAUUCUGACCGACAUGACUUGUGAGUACGAUGACCUUGAGUGGCAAGGUAGGAAUUGGAAAGUCCACAAAGGAAUGCACGCUUCGGCCAAGCGUCUUCUGAUGGGAGGAGGGGGCCGAGUCAUGUUGACGAUCAGAGCUGCACUAGAGGAAUUUCCAGAGUAUGGGCUGGUACUGUGUGGUCAUUCGCUCGGGGGAGGCGUUGCUGCACUCCUUGCAACAAUGAUUUCCGAACCCAGCAGUGAUGCUUUUGGGGCAUCGUUCACAACCACUUCCUAUCAGACCACGAACUCGGGUACAUCUGAUAGCGAUGAACAAUCCUUUGGCAAAGCCUUCUUUGUGCCCCCCGGCCGGCCUAUCCAUGUCUAUGCAUACGGUCCUCCCGCGACAAUGUCGCCUUUCCUGCGUCGCGCAACGCGGGGAUUGAUCACUACCAUUGUUAAUGGUCAAGAUGUGGUUCCUUGUCUCUCGCUCGGCAUUUUGCAUGAUAUGCAUACAGUAGCUGUGGCGUUCAAGGGUGACAUCUCUGGCGCUCGCUCUCAUGUGGGAUUUCGAGUUUGGGAAGGCUUCAGGCAAAGUAUUGUGAACAAGUUUUACGUCAACGAGCCGCCUAUCCUCACACACGCCGGUCAUGGCGUAGGAGAAGAUGCGUGGGCAUGGAAUACAUUGAAGACGCUUCGUGAGGAAAUGAGCGCGCCCAAACUGCUACCACCCGGUGAGGUAUUUUUGGUGGAAACAAUGAGGGUUUUGCAGCGAAACGCUUUCACAUCUGAAGUGAGCAGUGAUGGCCAUCCAGUGUUAGGCCGGCCUGCAACCAGAGCACAAUUGAUAUUCGUUCGAGAUGUUGAAGCCUCUUUUGGAGAACUCAGGUUUGGCUCAGGAAUGUUUAGUGACCACAAUCCAGCAAGAUAUGAAGCGAGCCUUGCUGCACUUGCCCGUGGAAUUUUGGAUGAGUGA